AUGACCUCACCAGCCUCUGAUAAGCCGACUAUUGCCCAUCUACCUCACAAUACAUCAUCUACCAACGCGGUCAAGAUCGUACACUGCCCAUCGGAGACUCUCGAACGACUGCGGCGUCUGAAUGAAGCAGAGAUAAUCACACUUUUCACCCCAUUCGUGCCCCAUCCGCCAUCAACGACACUGGCAACAGACAUGGACCCUUUCGAGCCACUCGGCCGAGCCUUACCACGACAAGUACGGCAUGUCCCAUAUCGUCUGGAUCACGGCAUGACAGAGAUGCAUGCCGACUUCCUGCCAGCAACUGGGGCGGUAGUUGUUGUCAUCUGCGCCACUACGAAUGUCAUCAACCAUGACGCUCAGGCCUUUGAAGGGCAACUGAGAUUUGCACGAGACAUGGUGAAGAAGAUAUCACAAAGCGAUAUUGUAGCCGGUAUUCCAGUUAUGUUGCUUCUUGUCGACGAUGGUGCCGCUGGGCAAACCUACGUCAGUGCGGUAUGCAAUUUCCCGGCGGUUGUCACAAUCAGCAAUUAUACUACCGCAGCGCUCUUGAAUGCGGUAGGCGUUCUGUUUGGCAACUGA